UUCUUCAUUGUAGGAACACGAGCACAUAGGGGAUUGAGAGUAUGGAGGCGGAGAGGCGGAACAACGAGAAGUCCGCCGCCAGCGAAGGCGCCAUCCCUCUGGAGGUGUUGGACUGCGCCUUCUGCUACCAUCCCCUCAGGCCUCCUGUCUUCCAGUGUAGGGUCGGGCAUGUGAUAUGUUCAUCUUGCCAUCACAAGCUCCGGAAGAAGGACAAGUGCCAUGUGUGCUCCAUUACCGGAGGCUACAACCGCUGCAUCGCCUUCGACCACAUCCUCGAGUCUAUCAAGACCUCUUGCUCCAACUCCAUCUAUGGGUGCACCGUCAAUACACAGUACUACAAGCAAGAGGAUCAUGAGAAGGCGUGCCCUCAUGCGCCGUGCUUCUGCCCCGAACCCGGUUGCGGCUUUGUAGGCUCAACCACCCAGCUCCAAUGCCAUCUCACCCACGAUCACAUGUUGCCCGCAACUGCAUUCGCGUAUGGAUAUUGUUUCACCCUUGAGAUGCAGGAAGGAAUGCGUGUUCUCCAUAGGAAAGAAGAAGGUGGCCCCCUUUUCCUAGCAAAGUUCACGCCGGUGCCGCCUUUCGGCAAUGCUGUCUCCAUCUUGUGCAUUGAUCCUCAUGCUAUGGUGGGGAAGCAUAAGUUUGAGUGCCAUGUUGAUAUCUACAGCCGCACCAUGGGAUGGAACCAACAUUCAAAUUUCCAGAUCAUAAGCACGGAUCUCUCCAACGGGUUCCCAGGGGAGGAGGCCAGCUACACAUUUAUUGUGCCAAAUAUUUCUUCCAACCCGCACACCACCACCACCCGCCUCCUCAUUCGCCCCCCAAAUAUAACCCGUUCCUAAGUGAUUAGUGUUGGAAAAGUUCGUAGUCAGGGGGUCUUGACAGCAUAUGUGUGGCGGCAGUGAUAUGUUGUGGUGCUACUUGAGAGUUGUAUACUAGUCAUGACUAGUUGGAUGUUUUAUAUAAUCGCCAAUGCUACAGUUAAAUGAAUCUAGAAGUUUGUAAUAAUUUGGUCAUGUGCAUCUUGGGAAGAAGGUUCACUUUUAUCAUAAC